ACGUCACGGCAGGCACACCAGAAGUCGAAGAGGGAUGCAAAAGUGGUUUUCCGCUCUCGAUGACGCAAUCAUUCAGCGACAGUGGCAGGCAAACCCCUCGGGGGCGCUGGGUGGCGUGUGGGGCUGCGCGCUGCACCUGGGGGUUGAUCGCAACGCGGCCCCGGCGCCCCGCAGAGCCGCCAGGCACCCCGGCCGUGAGAGCCGCUGGAGGCAGACGAGCAGCACUGGCUGCGGGGCCUCGGCCGGCCCGGGAGGACCUGGGAGCCGCAUCGGCGCCGCCCCUCCCAGCCAGGUUCCGAGAGGACGAGUGGACGCCUCUUUCGUCACCGCGUCGGCCAAAUUACACCGAGCUGACUGGUCUCCGAGACGUCACUGCUCCGCGCCGGAAGUCAAUUUUCGUGAUCUCUUCCUUCGCACCUACCCUUUCCCCGGGCCACGUUCCCGGGACAUGAGCCGGAAGAGGCAGCGCCUGGUCCCGGAGACCUUGGGCCUGAAGAGGCGGCGGGAACUAGGGCAUACAGAGGCGGAUCCCUUGAGGGGCGAGGCAGGGUCGGCGCGCGCCGCAGUCGCCGAACUGGUGCGGCUGUUCCCGCGAGGCCUGUUCGAAGAUGCGCUGCCGCCCAUCGCGCUCAGGAGCCAGGUGUACAGCCUCGUGCCGGACCGGACCGCGGCUGACCGGCAGCUGAAGGCGCUUCAAGAACAGGGGGAGAUCAGAGUCAUCCAGCUGGGCUUCGACUUGGAUGCCCAUGGCAUCAUCUUCACCGAGGAUUACAGGACCAGAGUCCUCAAGGUCUGCGAUGGCCGAUCGUAUGCUGGGGCAGUGCAGAAGUUUCUGGCUACGGUGCUUCCAGCCUGUGGGGACCUUAGCUUCCAGCAGGACCAAAUGACAAAGACCUUUGGCUUCAGGGACAGAGAGAUCACGCAGCUGGUGAACGCCGGAGUCCUUACUGUCCGAGACGCUGGGAGUUGGUGGCUAGCUGUGCCUGGAGCUGGGAGAUUCAUUAAGUGUUUUGUUAAAGGGCGCCAGGCUGUCCUUGGCAUGGUCCGGAAGGCCAAGUACCGGGAGCUGCUCCUGUCAGAGCUUCUGGGCCGGCGGCCGCCUGCUGCGGUGCGACUCGGCCUUGCCUACCAUGUGCACGACCUCAUUGGGGCCCAGCUGGUGGACUGUGUCUCCACCACUUCUGGAACCCUCCUGCGCCUGCCAGAGACGUGAGGAUUCUACUCAUCGUUGCACACCUCCCCAGAGGGGGUGAGAGGGGCCCAGGAGUGUUGCUCAGUGGUGGCUGAGACAGGGUCACCUUGGGAAAGCUUGGGACCAGGAUGAGUGUUGGGCUUGUGACCAUGCGAACAAAGGGUCAGAUCUUGACUGCAGCUGUUACCUGGGACCUGAGCCAGUGGUGGGUUUGGGCAAUACUUCUCAGCCCUUCCCUGGAAGUGGAGACAGAGAUUGCCAAGGCCAUGGCUGCUGCCAUUACUGUCUUGGGAUAAGAAGGUGUGGUUUCCAGGGAGCUGGUGAGGGAGGGUAGGGUUCUCUUCACUACAUGUUGGGUUGAAACUGCCAAAUAAAGUACUUCUGCCGGUGCUAUUUCCUGGGUGUCUUUUGUUUA